GAAUGCUCUCGGGCUCCCUUGAACUCUUGUUCGCCCGUUCUAAGCUUCCCAUUAUAUCCAUUCUUCAUAUCCCCACUUGAACGUAACCUUACGUCUCUGCUUCGGCUUCUCCCUCCAACUCUACCUCCCUUUCCCUCCGAUCCGCACCAUGGCCAACCUCGCCGAUUCCGCUGUGACCAUUCCAUCUGACAGCGAGAUAUACGAUGCAAAUCACCCCAACGACCCGUCCUUCGACCCAUCUCCACACUCCGAAUCCCCCUCCCACCGCAACGAUGACACGCCCAUGAUCCUCUACCAUCCCCCGACUAUGUGGGGCUUGAUACGCGGUGCCACGAUCAACUUAUUCUUACCCUUCGUAAAUGGAUUGAUGCUGGGAUUCGGAGAAUUGUUUGCUCAUGAGAUUGCUUUCCGGUUGGGUUGGAGUCGGACAAAGGUAUUCCCCUCCCGUCGAAGCGAUACACGAAGAGCUGGUCCGGGUGUUGAGGUGCGUGAGAGCCCUGACGAGCGGAGGAGAAGAAGUGGGCGAGAGAUGGACAUGUACACAAGUUUAGAAUAAACCAGCUGAAUCCGGGGGAUGCAUCAAGAGACUAGGAGUUGAGCGAUCUUCUCAUGCCGCUCGAUAGGCUCAGAGACGACGGCAAGGGACUCACGUAUAGACGCAAGUAUCAUUGGGAUUCUACACAUGUACGAUGCGAAAGUCAGCCACCGAUUUGGAUCUGACCGAUCUGUAAACAUUGAAGACGCUCGGGGGUCUCUGAAUGAAAUUAUCCCAUGGCUUAGGGGAUGGCGAUCUAGGACGGCACACGGUCUGUUCAAUCCGUGGUGCUUCAACGAACUUGAUUCGAUAAAAGUAGUCCAGCUAACCAGUCUUUAAUGAAGAACCCCUAUGACCAAAUGUGACGCCGGUACU